AUGAAUUUAAGCUUCAUAUAUAAAGAUUAUUCUUUUAUUAGAAUAAUGGCAACAUGAUCAAAUCUUAACUUACAAGAUAGUGCUUCUCCUCUAAUAGAACAAUUAAUCUUUUUUCAUGAUCAUACAUUAUUAAUCUUAAUUAUAAUUACUGUUCUAAUUAGUUAUUUAAUAUUUAUAUUAUUUUUUAAUCAUUAUACUAAUCGAUUUUUACUCUCAGGACAAAUAAUUGAAAUUAUCUGAACAAUUAUACCAGCUAUUGUACUUUUAUUUAUUGCCUUUCCUUCUUUACGACUUUUAUACUUACUUGAUGAAAUUAAUAAUCCCUCAAUUACAUUAAAAUCUAUUGGACAUCAAUGAUACUGAAGCUACGAAUAUUCAGAUUUUACAAACUUAGAAUUUGAUUCUUAUAUAAUUCCAAUAAAUGAAAUAUCUUCUAAUAAUUUUCGUCUAUUAGAUGUUGAUAAUCGAAUUGUUUUACCAUUAAAAUCUCAAAUUCGAAUUAUUAUUUCAGCAACUGAUGUUCUUCAUUCAUGAACAAUCCCAGCUCUAGGAGUAAAGGUUGAUGCCUCACCAGGACGAUUAAAUCAAACUAACUUUUAUAUAUAUCGCCCUGGUCUUUAUUAUGGCCAAUGUUCAGAAAUUUGUGGAGCUAACCAUAGAUUUAUACCUAUUGUAAUUGAAUCAACAACAUCAAAAAAUUUUAUUCAAUGAAUUAAAAAUAAUAUUUAAAAAU